CCUGAAUGUUUGUAUUGAAGGCGUAGAUUUAUCUUAUUUGACGGAGCACACGUGUGAUUGUUGUCUUUGAAAUCGUUUUAUAAGGACACUUAGCCAUUCCACAAUGUCAUUCUGCCAAGAAGACGGAAAAGACAAAUAUGUUUUUCUAACUGUAAAGGAUGCGAGCGAGCCUAGUAAAUUACCUGUACCAGAAGAGGUAGAAAGACCAGAGAAGUUCGUUAAAGGAUUUGUUGAUGAAAAUAAUAGUCUGAAUUGGGAGUGUGCCUGUCGAGGAAGCAUGGUUGCCAGCAGGUGUGGUGUCGAGAUGCGAGACUUCUUCCAGUGUAUCCAUGACAACAUGGACAAUGAGGAAAAGUCGGAUGCAUGUCUCGAGCCAUUUCAUGCAGUGAAAAGUUGCAUGGAUAAAAACGCUCACCAUUACAAGGAACUUGAAGAAGCUUCACCUGAAAAAGUGGUAUCGGCAGAAACCUCAAAAUAAUUUUAAAUAGAAAAGUUUUCAUGCAGGAGUGAUGUUAGAUUUGUUCUAGGAAAGAUAAACUCUUUCUAGAAAUGUGAUUUUAAGAAUAGACUUUACCAUGCGGAAAGGAUCAUGUUUACAUCGAUAAGGCGUUGAAUGUGUUUUUCAUUUUGAUCAAACAAAAUUUACAUGUACAUCAUUGACAGAACAUUGAUAAAGCUGCUGUAUCAAUCUUUGAUAUUAAGUUAAACUUACAUGGAGAAGCUGGGAGAAAAUCAGACAUACUGAACUGCAUUAAAAGCACAAGGUUAUAUUCUGCACACUUAUUUACUGUAUACAUCCAUCAAUGUAUAGGAAGAACAAUGUAUAUUAUUCAGUAGUAUGUUAUUUGUUCAGUGUGUAUGUAACGAUUGUAGUAAGGAUGUGACUAACUGUGUGUAACACUAGUGCUGACUGAAUGAUAAUAAAUGCAAUAAAGAGA